AACUGUCACCUUUCUUUUUCGAUUGUCCGCAAAGCAAGGCUAACAACUAAAAUGUCUGAUGUUGAAGUUGAUGAUGCACCCUCAUUACCUCCAGUACAAUCUGGGGGUCCAAUGGACGUAAACCAAGCUCUUCAAGAAGUCUUGAAAACUGCAUUAAUCCACGAUGGAGUAGUACAUGGUUUACAUGAGGCUGCUAAAGUUUUAGACAAAAGGCAGGCAGUGUUAUGUGUUUUAGCGGAGAAUUGUGAUGAACCAAUGUAUAAAAAAUUGGUUUCUGCAUUAUGUUCUGAUCACCAAAUUCCCCUUAUUAAAGUAGAUAAUAAUAAGAAACUAGGAGAAUGGUCGGGUCUAUGUAAAAUCGACAAUACUGGUAAAGCGAGGAAAGUUGUUGGAUGUUCCUGCGUCGUGAUUAAGGAUUACGGAGAAGAUUCACCAGCUCUCGAUGUCCUUAAAGAAUACCUUAAGAAUGCUAAGUAAAAAAAUAGGGUUUUUUUUUAAUUAAAAAAGUGAUAAAAUCGAUACUGUUUUUCAUUUAAUAUCAAUUAAUCCCUUAAUUCUUUCAAAAACUUGUAUGUUAUGUAUCUAAAUCAAGUAAUUUAUUAUCUAAUUAUUAUCAAUUAUUCUGUUGAUUUAUAAUAGGUUUAAAAUAAAUAGUAAACAAAUAACUUUAUAUUACUUAAAAAUUGAAAAACACGUUUGGUUAAAGGCUUUUAUGGAUUACAUUCAUCCUUAUGAAUAUUCCAGUGUUCCACCUGGCAAGCUUUGUUGCAGUACCAAACAGCACGACAACGGGAACAUCUCUGUAUAGCAUCUCUUCCACAUUUGGCACACUUGGCUUCUUCAGUCGCUUCGAACUUUUCUAAAAGUUCUGUAUUAUAAGCAUCAGUUAAUCUAGAAUUUUAUCAGAAAAAGAAA